UCAAUUAUUGUAUAAAUACUUAGAAGAAAAGUGUCAAAAUUCUAUGCAAAUUCUCAAAGAAAAUUUUGAUUUAUCAUCAUGGAAAGUCUUAUCCGAAUGUACAUUAAUAUUAAUACAAAUAUUUAAUCGCAAAAGAGCAGGUGAAAUUGAAAGACUUACGCUAUCAGAUUAUACAAAUCAGGAAACUAUAGACACAAAUGAAAAUCCAGAUAUUUAUGAAAAAUUAUCUAAAGAAGCUCAACAAUAUGCUAAAAAAUUUACACGAAUAAUUAUUCGCGGUAAGAAAGGUAGAAUUGUACCUGUUUUACUUAGUGCAUUUAUAAUAAAAUGCAUAGAUACAAUUCUUAAAUAUCGUAAAAAUGCUGGAGCAAAAUCUAAUAAUAAAUAUGUAUUCUGUGUUCCAAGUGCUAAUAAAUUGAAGAAGAAAUAUUUAAGAGCCUGUCCUCUUAUGCGAAAAUUUGCCAAAGAAUGCGGUGCAAUCAUUCCAUCGUCUUUACGGGGAACUACUCUUCGAAAACAAGUUGCUACAUAUACUGCAAUGUCGAACAUUGAAGAUGCCAAAGUUGAUAACCUUGCUAAUUUUAUGGGGCACACUAAAGAAAUACACAAAAAUAUUUAUCGAAUGCCAAUACCUGUAAAAGAAAUGACGGAUGUAUCUCAAUUAUUAGAAGCUGCAAUGGGAAACGAUGAGAACACUAAUGAAGAUUGCAAUAUGUCUGAUACUAACAGUGCGUUGCAAUUAAGUAUUACCUCUGAAGAGAUUGAGAAAAAUAAUAUUUCGGAUUCCGAUAAUGAUAAUUUUGAUGACAUCACCACAGAGCAAAGUUAUAACAAAGUCAUGACCAGUGAUCAUUCUCUUAAUAAUGAUAUGAAUAAUUCUUAUUCUAAUUAUAGUCAUUCUCAAUUUGACACAGAACUAUCUAAUGAAGAAAAAAAGCAACCGAAACGUCGUAGUACUCCACCAUAUGGGAAAACAAAACGUAUUAGAUGGAGUGAAGAAGAAAAACAUGCAAUUUCUAAACAUUUUGGCAACGUACUUGAGUUGCCUCAAUUGCCAUCUAUUCAAGAAUGUCAACAUGUAAUUAAUAAAUAUAAAAUUUUAAAAAAGAGGCAACCACAACAACUAAAAACAUGGAUUGAUAAUCAACGAAGAGCUGAAUAUCGUCGUAAAAUAAAUUAGAAAGAAGAUUAUAAUGACUUCUUUGCAUCUUGUAAUUACUUUCAUAUUUUAUUAUUUUUUUAUAUAUUAUUUUAAUACCGUUUUUAUUUUUAUUUCUUCUAAUAUUUUUAAACUUCUCCGUGCUAUUUUUGGUAUUAAAUUUUUUUUAAAUUUUUUUACAGAUACUUUUUCUACAGAUUUUUUGUUUAAAGUUUCGUUACUUUUAUCUUUAUUUUUCAACUUUAUCUUUGCAUUUAUAUAUUUUUGAUGACAACACCACAAGACAAAGUGAUGACAAAGUCAUGACCAGUGAUCAUUUUUUAAAUAAUGAUGUGACAAAAAUUUCUUAUUCCAAUUAUAGUGAGUUUUUUAAAAUAAUUUCGUAUUUAACUUUAGUUAUGCUAUAUAGUACAUUUUAUUAUAUUUUCUAUAUAAUAAUAUAUAUUUUACAUAUUAUUUAGCACGUUAUAUUUUUUAUAUUUAUUUCUUAAGUUUGAAAUACUGUAAAAAUUUUUAAAUUUUUGUUUUUUUAUAAAGUAAUAAGAUUAUUAUUUUAGUUAGAUUCUCAAUUCGAGAUAGAAAUAUCUAAUCAGAAAAAAGCAACCAAAACGUAGUAGUGAGUUUUGGUUGCUUUAAUUAUUUUUAUUUACUUUUAAUAUAUAUUUAAUAGAUUUUUUAUUCAUUUUUGUAAUUUAUAAAAAUGUUUCUUAUAUAUAUAUAUUACUUUAUAUUUUUAUUAUAACUUUUUAACUUAUUUUAGCUCCACUAUAUGGAAAAACAAAAUGUAUUAGAUGGAGUAAAGAAGAAAAGCAUGCAAUUUCUAAACAUUUUAGCAAUGUACUUGAGUUGCCUUAAUUGCCUCUCUUCAAGAUUGUUAACAUGAAAUUAAUAAACAUGAAAUUUUUAAAAAGAGGUAACCAUAACAACUAAAAACAUGAAUUGAUAACGAAGAGCUGAAGAUCGUUGUAAAACAAAUUAGAAAGAUUAUAAUAACUUUUUAUAUUUACGUCUUGUGAUUACUUUCAUCUUACUAUUUUUUAUAUAUAUUAUUGUAGUA